CCCCUAAUCUGGUUUAGCCCGUAUGGCCGAUAAGAUCAAGCAAGUCUGCGCCGCGGGCUGGGUGCCUCGGCUGCAAAGCAAUCCAUCACCUCGAUAGCCCCUCCUGCUCACUUGAUGAAGGAUCUCGAACAGACCUGCGCAUCGCUGCGCGCGCAAAUCGCUGCCACAGAGGCGCAGCUUGCCGGUCUGAAACGCGAGCUUCAGGUCGCAGAGCAAGCUGCACUCAACUCACAGCGUCAGCAUACUGACACGGAGAGGCGAUGGCCACUUCUCGCUGAGGAGUACCGGCGUUAUGGGAGGCAGAUGAUCGUGCCGCAGCUGGGAGUACAGGGUCAAUUGAGACUUCGAUCGGCGAAAGUCCUGAUUGUCGGCGCAGGUGGACUGGGAUGCCCGGCUGCGAUGUAUCUUGCUGGAGCUGGGGUGGGUACACUAGGAUUGGUGGACGGGGACACCGUUGAAUCGUCAAACUUGCACCGCCAGGUUCUGCAUCGCAGCCGAAACGUGGGGAAGAUGAAGGUGGACAGCGCGAUUGAGUAUCUCCAGGAAUUGAACCCUCAUCCCACGUACAUCGCCCAUCGAGCGCAUCUAGCACCCGACGCUGCAGCAGAUAUCUUCGAAGACUACGAUAUCGUACUAGAUUGUACGGAUAACCCCGCGACUCGGUACCUGAUCUCCGAUACGGCCGUGCUGCUGGGCAAGCCGUUGGUCUCAGCAUCCGCCCUGAGGACGGAAGGACAACUGAUGGUACUGAACAACCCGCCUCGACCUGCGGGCGACAAAACCGGCGGACCGUGCUAUCGCUGCGUGUUUCCCCGACCCCCACCAGCGAACACGGUCACCAGCUGCGCGGAUGGAGGCAUCCUGGGGCCCGUGGUUGGGACGAUGGGCGUCCUGCAGGCUCUGGAAGCCAUCAAGGUGAUUACGGCCGACGACACGCAGCCCCCCAGCCCUCCGUCGCUGCAUAUCUUCUCCGCGUACUCUACGCCUUUGUUCCGGUCGAUCAAGCUGCGCUCCCGCCGCGCCAACUGCGCGGUAUGCUCUGCAGAGGCGACUGUAAACCUGGAUACGGUGCGUUCCGGCUCCACGGAUUAUGUCUUCUUCUGCGGCAGUGCCGAUCCGGAGAUGCUGCUCGUGCCGGAGGAACGGGUUUCGCCGCUGGAGUACCGGGAGCUGCACCCUCAGUCGUCGGCUGCGGAAGAGGGCAAGCAACCGACGAUGAUCGACGUGCGGGAGAAGGUGCAGUUCGACAUCUGCAAUCUCGAGAACAGUAUCAAUAUCCCGAUCUCCACGAUCUUGGCAUCUUCUGCUAGCAAGGGUGAUGAAGCUGCUGCCCAGCUUCCAGCGUGGGUGCCGGCGGAGCUUGCUGCUGCGGACUCGACGGACCCGAUCUACGUGGUGUGUCGUAUGGGCAACGAUUCCCAGAUUGUAGUGAAGAAACUGAAGGAGCUGGGACUGGAUCGUGAAGGGCGACGGAAGGUUGUCGAUAUCCGGGGAGGCUUCCGCUCGUGGAGGGAACAGCUGGACCCUGAGUGGCCUGAGUAUUAGACUGGUUCUGCGCCUCGAUGGAAGGGCCUCCCUUCUAUCUUUCUAGAGAUUUUGGCCUUCACAAGAAGCAUCCAUGAGUAGACUGCAUGUUAUGGUUCGGAAAUUCUCGCGGCUGAUAAGUGCGCAUUAUUACAAACAAAAAGAUCUCCAAGAUUGGAUUAAUCGAGUCAUACAGAGCUCAAUUCCAGCAAGUUUCAUCAAAUUCGAAAUUCUUCUAUGACUCGGUGAGAUGCCUUCGUAUGCUCGUCAGCCAU